GAAUAUGUACAAAGGGGGCUCGCUCUACCUUGCUGCAGUUAUUAUCUGCUUAAAUAUCGCAGCACUCAAAACUGACUGCGGUAUUUUAGACCGUGUUUAUGUUAUUGGAACUAAAUCUAGAGCUUUGUACGUGGGUGCCACUAACAAUAGUGAGAUUCAGCUUCAAGAAUAUGAUGGAUCAUUAGGUCAGCUUUGGAGAAUUGACUGUGGUCACAUGCCCGGCUUGUUUCGUUUUUUUAACCAUGGCCAUGGAUUGUUUUUGUCUGUGUUGCCGUAUGGUGACAAACUUUCUCCACUUAUUCUGGACAAUGUAAGCGAAGAGUAUUGGCAGGAGUGGUUUCUGAAUGGCAACGGACGCAUUGUUAAUGCGGCCAUACUGUAUAACUUGGAUGUUACAUAUGGUACCUUUGAACCAGGAAAUGGGGUUGGGGUAUAUCCAGAUACCGGAGAUAUAAAUCAGGAAUGGGAAAUUGUACAAGUUUUCAUGGAUAAGAAAUGAUGAGUUAAAUUUGUUCACUCUUUACACCAGUUCUAUACUCUUGAAAAGUAUAUAAGCCCACCACAGAAAAAAAUGCACAGUUUAGUUCAGAAAUGGCACCAAAAGGCGUAUCGAUGUACGUGUUUGCCCUCCUUAUUGCAAUCAAUAUUUUUGCAAUAACGGCCCACUAUGAUCCAGACAAUGUUUAUACGAUUCGCCCCGCCCAGCCCGGUCGUGAAAACUUUGCGCUAUAUACUGGUGUUUCAUCACAAGUUACGUUGCAAGAAUAUCGUCAGAGAAAAGCUUAUGAGCUUUUCCAUUUUGAGUACAGCUCCCAGCCUGGCCUAUUCUACUUAGUUGUGGAACCUACAGGAGAAGUACUGGACGUUAAUAGAAAUACUUAUCCACACUCGGUUAUCGUGGGUCCAAGAACUACGUCUCCGUGGCAGUUGUGGUACUUGGAAGAUGAUGGUCACAUUGUUAAUUCAGCUCAGAAUUUGGUCCUCGAUGUCAAAGGUGGACGUUAUGAAGUCGGAGCUCCUCUCAUUGUCUAUCAGAAGACUGGAUACAUAAAUCAGAUAUUUAUACACUACAAAGAGAGUCUUAAGGCCUAAGUUUUCGUCCACGUUAUUUACUUAUUUUUUACUUGUAAUAUCAUUCACGUAGUAGAUUAAUCAAUACAAAUAAAUAAAAAAAAAAGUUAUAUUAAUUUAGGCGACUAUUACAAA